AUGCUUCUCUUCUUCCAAUAUUUGCAGCACUCCACCUUGCCUCUGCUUCAGCUUUUCCAAGCGAUGGAGAAUCACCGACGAACACCAUUCUUGCUAUCUUUCUUCUACAUAAUCCUCUCUCUCCAAUCCACAUUUGCAGUUGAAUUUCUCUUCAAUGGCUUUGAUCCUUCAAAUGUUUCACUCUAUGGCAAUGCCACGAUUGAGUCCAGAGUUCUAACUCUUACCAAUCUCACAUCUUUCUCAAUUGGCCGGGCUAUGUACCCAUCAAGAAUCCCCACAAAGGAUUCAAGUUUGUCGCCUACGCUUCCUUUCUCCACCUCCUUCAUAUUCUCCAUGUCUCCGUUCAAAGGUUUCCCCAUUGGCCAUGGCAUGGUCUUCUUCUUUGCAUCCAGUCCUGGCAUCGAUCUUCAUCGAGUACGCCCGGCUCAAUACUUUGGCCUCCUCAAUUACACUAACAAUGGUGAUCCCAACAACCAUGUCUUUGGAAUUGAGUUUGAUGUGUUUAAUGAUCCGGCGUUCGAUGAUAUAAGCGACAACCAUGUUGGUAUUGAUGUGAAUUCUUUAAAGUCAACCAUGUCGCAGGAGGCUGGUUACUAUACUGAUGAGAAAUUCUUCAAAAAGCUAAAGUUGAACAGCGGCAAGAACUACCAAGUUUGGAUUGACUAUGCAAAUCAUCUCGUUACAGUUACCUUAGCUCCGGUUGGAUUAAAAAGGCCUACUAGGCCGCUUCUAAGUUGUCCUCUUGAUCUUUCUCGAGUUCUCAAAGAGGAAAUGUACGUGGGCUUCACUGCAUCAACCGGGAAGCUGCUUCAGAGCAACAGGAUCUUGGCUUGGAGCUUUAGUAAUUCAAAUUUUUCAUUAAGCGAGGCAUUGGUCACUGCUGGUUUGCCAUCGUUUGAACCACCAAAGGUUUAUUUUUUCGAAUCAAGAGGGUUUAUUGUCGGUUCAAUUGUUGGAGUUGUCUCUGUUCUUGUUACUUUUUUAAUUACUUAUUUGGCUGUAAUGAAGAGGAAGAGGAGGAUGGCGAGGGCGAGAGAGGAGAUGGAGGAGUGGGAAUUACAGUAUUGGCCUCAUCGGAUAAGUUUUCAGGAAAUUGAGGCUGCAACAAAGGGCUUUUCUGAAGAGAAUGUGAUUGGAAUUGGGGGUAAUGGGAAGGUCUACAAAGGGGUAUUGGCGGGAGGGGAAGAGGUUGCAGUGAAACGCAUUUUACAUGUAAACAGUGAUGGAAUCAAAGAGUUCUUGGCUGAAAUUACGAGCCUUGGAAGGCUAAAGCACAAGAGUUUGGUGUGUAUGAAAGGAUGGUGCAAGAAGGAGAAAGGGAGCUUGAUUUUGGUGUAUGACUACAUGGAAAAUGGGAGCUUGGAUAGGAGGAUUUUUGAUUGUGAAGAUAGCAAAAUGUUAAGCUGUGGAGAUAGAAUAAGAGUCUUAACAGAUGUGGCUUUAGGGAUCUUCUACUUGCAUGAGGGAUGGGAAGCCAAAGUUAUACACAGGGAUAUCAAGGCUAGCAAUAUCCUACUAGACAAAGAAAUGAAUGGAAGACUGGGGGACUUUGGGCUUGCCCGAGUCUAUGGCCCCCGAGAAGUGGCUAGCACAACGAAGGUGGUCGGGACUGUGGGGUAUCUAGCACCUGAGGUGAUCAAGAGUGGUCGGGUGUCGACGCAAACCGAUGUGUUUGGAUUUGGCAUCUUGGUUUUGGAGGUCAUGUGUGGGAGGAGGCCAAUUGAGGAAGGGAAGCCACAUCUGGUAAGGUGGGUGUGGGAAUUGAUGGAGCAAGGGAAAAUAGUUUAUGCACUUGAUGAGAGACUAAGGGCUACGGGAGGAUUCGAUGAGGAACAAGUGGAGAUUAUCUUACAAUUGGGCUUGUUGUGUGCACAUCGAGAGGCACAUGCUAGGCCCACAAUGAGACAUGUUUUAACAGUUUUGGAGGGGAAGAAAGAGACAGUUGAUGAGCGUGAAAGUGAGGACAUGGGCAUCCACUUACUUGAGAAGAUGAAGCGUAGGGAGACAUGGUGUAAUAAGAGUGCGGGUAGUGGUUCAUACUUGACAUUUGAACAAUUUAGACUAUCUUUCCCAUAUUCAAUUUCCUCUGCUUACUGUACUAAUUCAACUAUGGAAGCCAGGUGA